AUAUUUAUAUUUCUUGCAGAAAUUAAUUUUUCUCUUUAAAUGUAAAUAGAACUUUAAAUGUAAUUUUCGAGCAAUUUAAUGAUUGCUUUGAAUAUAAAAAAAAUUUCUAAUAAUUGAGGAUCACUGAAUUCUAGAAAAGUUACUUUCCCCGACGUGAAACUUUAGCUUGCAAACCAGUUUUUCUUAGAUUCGAGGGAAACUGCAUUAAAUACUACUAUAUUUAUUAACAAAACAUUUUUCAUUAUGUUCUAACAGAUAAAUGAACUUUUUAAUAGGUAUUUAUGUGUUUAAUUUGAAGUAUUUUCGUAACUACACAAGGAGAUAUACUUUCGGAAGAUUCUAAAUGUUUGCGAAACAUAGUAACAUAUAAAUUUUAAAAUGUAAUUUAAGUCGGCACCUAUGCAGAUUACAGUACGUAAUGUAAAUUUAAUCUAACCAUUCCUUUGGUGGCAGCACUAGUAAAUAGCUUCUCAUACGUCAAAAACAGUGAAGGUUUACUCCAAAAAGUUUAACCGUUACGUGUUAAGUUUAGAUUUGGUAAAUUUGAAAAGACAAUCAUCAUUUGAUCGCAUACUUCGUUGCACGAUUAUUUUUUCCCAAAAUGUACACAAUUUCGAACGCAUUAAGAACAAAAACUAUUUGCCUUAUGCAUGCAAUAAUCUAUAAUCUUAUAAGCUGUAGAACGAUUUAAAUACUUCUGUAGCUUCUUUAAUGUUGACGUAAUUAUACUAUUACGUAAAUAUUCUUCUUUUGUGGAAGUAGCUUCUCCCGUUCACUUUCUGUUUAUUGUGAUUUAGGUACAUAUGACGUGUAACAUAACCUACUUAUAACAAGCGAUACCAAGGUGUAUGAGUUUAUAUUAUCACUUUUUUCUUAGUUGUUUUCGAAUGCCUUCUUAUGUGGGGUUGAUGAUGUACGUUUAAUUUCGAUUGCCAUUUGCUUUUAGUUAAAAGGCACUUUAACCAAAGAUCGUUAUAUAUAUUCUUAUGUAAAUAUUUGGAAUUGCUGGCUCUUUUAUCAAUGAUGACUGCAAAGACAAUUGAUGUUGUAAGUUUACCUUUAUCUAUUGCAAACAAAUAUGAGUAUGAAGAAUGGCCCAGUUAUAUAACUUCAUUAAUGUCUGUUAUUCCAAUCGCUUGUCUUAUGUUCUAAUACGUGACUGUUCACAAGGGAAUGAGGAACUUGUAUUGCUUUUUUAAUUAUCUCGGAAAAGUGGCAGGUGCCAGUUAACAUAGUUUUUAAUAAUUAUGGAAAAUCAAAGCCACCAUGGUCAAACUUAUCAGACUCAUCAGUCCUUUUGGAAAAAAAAUACUCAUGCUGUACCAGGCAGACCAAGUCCAAAACAAGAUGGUAAGCAUGGUAAAAUGGGUGCUACAACGCUCAUGUCUGGUAGUUCAACUAAUGCAGUGUCCACCAGUGGAGUUAUGUCAAGCAGUAGCGGGGGAUCUACAUCUUUUCAAGACUUUCAAGAAAGUAUUGAUGAUGCAUGGGACUCAGGAGAUGAUGAAUUCUGCACUGUUUCUGAUGUAAAGAUAUCAAAACGAGUUAGUCACUCUGCUGCUAUCAGCGUCAUUAACAGUCAUCGGUCGAGGAAGUCAUUCUUAGACUCUGGAACAAAUUCAAAGCCAUCCCAACGGGUUCAAGAAAUCAUACCUGAAGAAAAAAAGGCAGAGGCUCUUCAAAGAUUAGCUGUCCAACCUUUGCAUUUGCGAAAUGCUAAUUUGUCCAUGAAUUCGCAAGUAAAUAACAGUCAACAUUCCACAGAUGAAGCAGAUAUAAAAUAUGGUGCUUCCCCACAGCAUAGACCAACACUCCCAGGCAGGCCUCAGCCAUUAAGACAGACAAAUGCUCCUACCAAAUUUUUUAUACCUUCUAAAGAACAAGAUGGUGAAAGUAAAGUAGAUAAAUUUCAAUCCCUUUUGGAAGCAUCUGUAUUAAAUUUAGAUGAAUUAAGACAACUAUCUUGGUCAGGUGUACCUGCAAGACUGCGUUCUGUUACUUGGAGGUUAUUGUCUGAAUAUUUGCCAGCUAAUUUAGAACGAAGGCAAAGUGUAUUAGAACGUAAACGUCUUGAUUAUUGGAAUUUAGUAAAACAGUAUUAUGAUACUGAAAGAGAUGAAGGAUUUCAAGAUACAUAUCGUCAAAUUCACAUUGACAUUCCAAGAAUGUCACCCCUCAUCUCAUUAUUUCAACAAACAACAGUACAAUUAAUCUUUGAAAGAAUACUCUAUAUAUGGGCAAUUCGUCAUCCUGCUUCUGGAUAUGUCCAAGGGAUGAAUGAUCUAGUGACACCGUUUUUCCUGGUAUUUUUACAAGAAGCAGUUCCUGUAUCCGCGUGGCAAGACCUGGAAAAUUAUGACGUCGCGUCAUUACAGAAAGAGCAGAGAGAUAUUAUAGAAGCAGAUAGCUUCUGGUGCUUGUCUAAAUUUCUCGACGGUAUUCAAGAUAAUUAUAUCUUUGCUCAAUUAGGGAUUCAGCACAAAGUGAUCCAGUUGAAGGAACUUAUUCAAAGAAUAGAUGCUCCGUUGCAUCAGCAUCUUCAUAAACAUGGUGUAGAUUAUCUACAGUUCUCAUUCCGAUGGAUGAAUAAUUUACUAACCAGAGAAAUUCCUCUUCAUUGUACGAUUCGAUUGUGGGACACUUACUUAGCGGAAUCGGACCGAUUCGCUUCAUUUCAAUUGUACGUUUGCGCCGCAUUUCUUCUACGUUGGAGACGUCAUCUACUUUUACAACCUGAUUUUCAAGGACUGAUGUUAAUGCUACAAAACCUGCCUACUCAAAAUUGGACAGACUCAGAGAUAGGUAUAUUGGUCGCGGAGGCAUACAAGUUAAAAUUCACGUUUGCCGAUGCCCCUAAUCAUUUACAGGCACACGAUACCAGGUGACCAUUUUGUGAUGCGUCUAGAUAACGGUAUCGUAAUAGUGGCCAAAUAACUUUGUCACAAAUAACUUUGUGCUAAGUUGUUCCUUCUGUGUUAUAUGGUCGUCAUGUAUAUCAUACAAUUACAUGAUUCAUGGCCGCUUUUGGUUGUUUUGAACCUGAUGAUUUUAUAUCAUACUUUCUUUAAUCGAUGAAUGUCUUAUAUUUUUCGUUACGUUUUACGGCUCUACCGAUCUUUAUAGAUUUUAUUAAUAUUAUUAUUAUUAUUAUUAUUAUAUUAUUAUAUUAUUAUUAUUAAUAUUAUUAUUUCUUUUUAAGAUAAACAGAAUUAUUAUUGACAUGAUAUGUUUUCCCGCCAUCUUUCGGCUUGCCAAAGAUGUAGGCGCAAGCCGUGACAUGAGAAAUGUAACACGAAUUGAUUUCUACGUCUGAUUCAUGUUAUAUUUGUAUAGUAUGUUUCGAAUUAUUAUAUAUGGAUAAUAUUAUCUGUGUAUAAUAGUUAUGUGUAUAUAUAUAUAUGGAUAUGAAUAUAUAUAUAUAUACACAUAAGCAAAAAGGUUUUAUAAAUCAACUGUGACUGUAUGGUUGUUCUUUUAUGUAAUUGUAUACAAAGUUUCCUGUAUACGCGUAAGUUAUCGGUACAUACUUGAACGGUGAUUUUUCUUUCCCAACACGAAUACCUUUUUAAACUUUCAUCUAUUAAACUUACUCCAACUUUUAUUUUUAUUUUUAUUAUUAUUAUUAUUAUUAUUAUUAUUAUUAUUAUUAUUAUUAUUAUCUGCUUUGUAUAGGUAUAAUAUUUACAAUAGAAUGAUAAUGUUUUCGUUUUUGUAUCGAUUACACUGGUACAUUAUACUCUUGAAUGAUGGUCAUCGUGUUGUUCGAAAAUGAGAAUCUCGCGUCGAGACUUCGGCGUAGUGUUUGCCAUGCUUACGCAUUGCCAUAGUAUAUAACGAGAAAUAAAGGUUGUAAAUACCUUUAAAAUGUCUGUAUAUUAAAUAAUCUUAAUUAUUUUAUAGCCAUCUUAUAUAAUGGUUACGAGACAUAAUAUUUUAUUCGUUGUUAACGAUCCGAGUAAUAAACGAACGAAUGGCAUCGCGUUUAAAACACCACAAUUUAAUCGAUUUGUAAAAUGUCGGUAAUUAGUACUUCGAAAAGGACCAAUCAAAAAUUGUAUAAAAAAGAAAAACGAAAAGAAAUAAUGACAAAUGCGACUCCUAUUGUAAGUUAUUCGUAACAUGCGACGGAUUUAUGUUAAUUUCAUCGAUAUUGUUACGUUUCUUUUCAUCUGGAUAAAAAUUCUCUUAACGAAGCGAUGAUUUCGUCUCGUCGAUUGUACGAGAUUCGCAGAAAAAAAAAGAAAGAAAUUGAAGAGGUGCGUAACGUCGUUAAUUAAUAAAAGAGACUGGCUCUAUCUUAUCUAUGCGUACACGUAUUAU